UUUAUCAAGUAACUAGUAAGAUAGUAAUUAAGUUUAACAUGGAUAUAUGCAGUCAGAGAUUUUCUCGAAUACAGCAUAAAUGAAUAGAACUAGGUAGAACUGACAAUGGGGUUAUUAACGAAUCCUGCGACAGGAUCUGGAAAAAUAAUAAAAUUUUUAUUGAAACGAGAACGACCACUUUGUUUCUUCUUAUACAUUAGCGGCAUUAUUUGGAUAUUACUUCUUGCUUUACCCAUAUUCAACGAUAAUACCUAUUUCUCUGAAAAUGCUUUAUUGCCAGGAUUGGUUACGAAAGAAAGUAACUUAGCGCAAACAGCAAAACAGUAUUAUAUACAUUUAAUCCAUGAAAUGAAACGAUAUCCUGAUGUAAUGCCAUAUGCAUGGUUAGCUGCUAAAUUAAAUCAGCUUCAUUUGGAUGUUUUUACACAUAAUUUCACAUUAGUAUAUCCUUUUCAAGAGCAACAGUUUACAGGCCAAAAUAUAUAUGGGAUUAUGAGAGCUCCAAGAGCAGCUAGUACAGAAGCAAUUGUAGUUAGCGUCCCUUUUAGACCAAUUAAUAGUAUUUAUUUGGAUACUGCACCUUCUAUUGCUCUUCUUCUUGCAUUUGCUAAAUUUUGUAGAAAACAGAAAUACUGGGCAAAGGAUAUUGUAUUCCUAAUAACAGAACAUGAACAAUUAGGAAUACAAGCGUGGUUGGAUGCAUAUCAUGGAGUUACUAGUGGUAACAAAGGUAUACUUAUAUCUGGAGAUCUUCCUGGUCGUGCUGGCUCCAUUCAAACUGCUAUUAAUUUGGAAUUACAUUCAAUGAAGAUUACAUCUAUUGACGUUAAAGUAGAAGGAUUAAAUGGUCGAUUACCCAAUUUAGAUCUUUUUAAUUUGGCACAAAAUAUGAUAGCCAAGGAAGGAAUUCGACAAUCAUUUCAAAAACGUUUUAAUGUUAAAUAUAAAAAUAAGUUUAACUAUUGGUGGUAUCAUUUCAAUACACUUCUGAUGAUGAUUACAAGUCAAGCUACUGGAAUUCCAACAGGAAAUCAUGGACUUUUCCAUAGGUUCGGUAUUGAAGCGAUUACUUUGGAAGGUUUUGAAAAGCCUGGUCAACAAAAUUCUAAUGGAAAUUUUUAUCAAAUUGGUCGUAUUGUAGAAAGUAUAGUACGAUCGUUAAAUAAUUUAUUAGAACGUUUUCAUCAAUCUUAUUUUUUUUAUCUGCUUCCAUCAACAGAUACUUAUAUUUCUAUUGGACUUUAUAUAAGAUCUUUAGUCUUAAUUAUUGCUGGGAUAUUUGUAAAGGCAUUUUCUAUUUGGCAAAGGCUUCAAGUAUCCACUUCUGUAGAAGAUAAGAAAAACACCGUUAUUAAACAGUCAAAGGAUGAUGGAUUUGACAUUGGUGUUAUUAUGUCAGAAAUAUUAUGGAGCCAUAUUUGUGGUGUUGUAAUUGCAACAUCCCCAUUCCCACUUACUUAUUUUGGUAAAAAAGUAAAUUCUCAUACAGAAGACUCUAUAUAUUUGGGUUUUGUUGCAAUAACUAUCUUAACAUUAAUAUGGCCAUUUUAUUCUAGAAGGCAAAUGAAAUAUAAAAAUGCAGCUUUAAUUUGUGUGAUUGCACUAGUAGAGUUUGGUACUGUAUUAAUGUGCAUAGCAAUGCAUAAUUUUUCUUUGGCACUUCUGACUGCUGUAAUUUAUGUACCUUUUGUAUUUGUUCUACCAAUUGCACCAAAACAAAAUCUCACCAAAUCACGCAAAAUGCUUUCUUUUAUGUGGGUUUUUCUACAUCCAUUUAUGAUUGCAAGUUUAUUCAUAAUGUGUUACACAUACAUGUAUUUUUUUUCUGAUUCCCUUCCCUCAAUUUUAUUUCGAGGAUAUCGUGCUACAAAGCAAGCAUUUGUUUUUAGUAUCAUGGAUUCAAUGAUUUAUGGGAAUUGGUUAUAUGAUGUAACAGUUUUCACAAUGUUUCCUAUUUGGUUUAUAUUUUGGAACAUUUUAUGUUUUAAUAUAGUAUGAAUUCCUAAUAUAUGUAAAUAGUUCUUUUUAUCAUAAAAAUUAUAAUUAUGGUAACUUAUUAUUAUUAUUAUCUAAGAAUUUUAUGGAACACUGUAUACUGUAUAAUAAGAAAAAUUUGUUAGUAGUGUAUCAUAUUUCAUCAAUAUGAAAAACUAUUUAUACUAUUAUUUAUUCCUGUUAAUUAAGAUGCAAUAGACAGUCACUGCCUAUUAUAUAUUGAAUAGAAUAUUUAUUUAUAAUAUUUAAAACUUUCGAUUUUGAAUAUUAUAUAAAUUUAAUUUGUAUAAUGUAUUCAAUUUUUUAUGUGAUUAUAAAAUAUUUUGAUUAAAUUAUUGCAUAAUGAAAACAAAUAUCAAAUAAAAAAUGGGCUAAACUUUACUAUAGGGGACAAACAAUUACUGAAAUUUUUUGCAAUCUUGUAAUUUUCAACAUGUAAAAUACAAAGAUAGAAAAUAUAAGUUCUAAAGUGUAGAAUCUAUUGGUUCAACAAUUAAAACUAUGUAAAACUGGGCAUUUUUUAGUAUUCCACACGUUACUUUAAUGCCAUAAUUACUAAUUUGAUAAUCUAUCGAAGAUUAUCAAAAUGUAUUGCAUGUAAUGCCUCGAAAAAAUGGAGCUUAUAACAGAAGAAGAACAUCUUAAUAUAGUUACCACAAAUAUGUUUAUAAAAGCGUCUUUAUUUACAUAUAUUACGGGCGAAGUUCGCAGAAAUGAUACGGAAUUGAGAUGGGUUAGGGUUAGGUUAUAGAAGAAAAGAAUCUAAAGAAAGUCAACAGAAAAAAAUAUUUCGAAUAUUUAUUGACGCAUAGAAGGAUUUAUAAAACCAAUACAUGUGAAAAUAGGAAACUUUCUUAAAGAAGAAUUUAACUUAGAUGAAGAAUUAUAAAACACAAAUAUAUUCUGCCAAUCUGAUUUUUGUUACAAAUUAUAAUUUAUGAGAAACUUAAAAUUAAUAAUAUAUAUUAUACAAAACAUUUUUUUGUGUUUCUUUAGUUUCUUGGCUAUCUUUAGUUCUGAUUGUUCCGGAAAGGUGAUCAGGAUGUGAUGAAGAUAUCCAGUCUUAUUGAUCAGCUGAUUAAUUAAAAAUGUUGUUAUGCUGAUCACCUUUCCGGAACAUUCAAACCUAGAUGUAGGAGCGUUUUUUCAGAAGCACAUUACUAUUAGCAACAUCUUGAUAGAAUCAACUGCAAUGCUGACGAAACGUUGGAAUUCUUUUCCUUUUGGACACAGCUCUUUCCUGGAAGCUUCAUACAGUAUUAGUCAAAUCAGUGUUAAAUGUAUCAGUGCUAAUUGUAACAGUGUGAAUAAUGACAGUUCAGGAUACGAUAGCUUCAAGAUUUGCUUAAUAUUUUCUCCGCUUUAUUAUAUCUGGUCUCCAAUUUACAGGAUGCGUCUCUUCAGUCUAAAAAUAAUAAUAAUAAAAUAAUAAAAUAAUAAUGUUUUUUUAUCGAAGUUAUUGGCAUAAUUAACAUUUAAAAGAUAGCUUUCUUACAGCAGUAUCAUCUUCUUUAUAUACUUUGAUUGUUUUAUCUGCUUCUGUUGUAAUCAUGCGAGUACCAGACAUGUCAAAUGUAAUACUAAAUACUCCAGCUUCACUAUCCAUUGAGCCCGGUUGAACGGGUGCUUGUAAACGUUGGAAAUUAUACCUUGAAAUAUAUACGUAUAGUAAAUAAUGCUGAAAAUCAGUUGAAAAAAUAUAA